GAUUUUUUUAUAUAAAAUGCAGUGUGCUUGCAAUGAUUUAAUGAAAAACAGUUUGGUGUGAUAAACGCAAGGAAAUCAUGUUUAAAAUUAUUGCAAAAGUUUUAUUAACUUUGAUGCCCUUACUAGCAAUUGCAUGUUCUGAUGAAAGCGAUUGUCCCAGCAUAAAAUUAAAAACACAAUGGGGUGGUCAUCCAAGUCCGGAAAUAAAUUAUCGUCCAAUACCGGUGAAAUAUGUUGUUAUACAUCAUACCGUAACGCCUGAAUGUGAUACUUUUCCAACAUGUGCCGAGCUUUUACAAAAUAUGCAAGAUUAUCAUACGCAAACUUUAAAAUAUGAUGAUAUCGGUUACAAUUUUUUAAUAGCUAGCGACGGUACCGUUUAUGAAGGCACUGGUUGGCUUAUCAUAGGCGCUCAUACCUAUGGUUAUAAUACCAACGGCACAGGCAUUGCUUUUAUUGGCGAUUAUACAGCUAAGCUACCGUCUGCUGCUGCUCUAACAUCUGCGAAAAAGUUAUUAAGUUGUGGAGUGAAGAUGGGAAAUUUGCAGCAAAAUUAUGAGCUAUUGGGUGGCAGGCAAGCCUUUCCAACGCAAAGUCCAGGUAUAACACUUUAUAACGAAAUCCAACAAUGGGACCAUUGGGUACCAAAUCCAUAGCCGCGAUUCUUAUGUAAUUCAAAUAGAGAACGUCUUGGCAUAAAUAUUUGUGUACUUAUCUCAUUAUUACUGCAUCACAUUGGGAAAGAAUUUUUUUUCUUAAUUAAAUUAUUUAUAUGUGCAACAGAUUGCUGUUAUUGAUUAACUUUGUUUCGAAUAUCAAAAUAUAAUUAAAAUGAAGAUAGAUUUGUA